CCCGGGGAGAGUUCAGCUUCCGGCACGGAACGGAAGCCAGUGUCCCCUAGGUGAACGCGGCCUCGGCGGCGGCGCGGACCCACUGCUGGUUCAUGCACCUGCAGCCAUGGGCCGUAGAAAGUCCAAACGGAAGCCACCUCCCAAGAAGAAGAUGACAGGCACCCUGGAGACACAGUUCACCUGCCCCUUCUGCAACCAUGAGAAGUCUUGUGAUGUGAAAAUGGACCGUGCUCGCAAUACCGGAGUCAUCUCUUGUACCGUGUGCCUCGAGGAAUUCCAGACCCCAAUCACAUAUCUAUCAGAACCAGUGGAUGUGUACAGCGAUUGGAUAGAUGCCUGUGAGGCAGCCAAUCAGUAGCAAUGCAGAGGACCCACCCCCUUGGCAUCCCUGCCUGCUAUGGACCCAACUGCUGGGUCCCAAUCCAGAGACAUUCCAAGGGGUCCGGGGUGUGGGUCCAGGGCUGUGACAGCCCUCUGUGUGUGUUUGGAAUGGAAGUGUGUGUUGCCAUGACUGUGUGCUCAGAGGCAUGGACAUGAAGGGUGGCUGUGUCUGACUAUCUAGGGCACCCUUAAAUGAGCUUCUCCUGCUUCACUUGACUCCAGAAGCUUUUGAAUUGCACCCUUCUCCAGCCUCUGCUUCCAAGCUUUGAGGUUCUGGUACCUCUGCAAACAGUUUCUUGAUGUUGCAAGCAAGGGGUAGCUGCAGGACUUCUCCAGCCUCCUCAGCCACCUCUCAAGCAACUUGCCCUUGGGAACUGGACUCAUAGCCCUCCUUCCUGACCUCCUGUGGCCUGAGAAUCAAGGCCACCAUUCCCCUGAUCUAGGGCUUGGCAAGCAGCUAGCUCCCCAAUACUAACCAGAGUCCCAUUUUCUGUUCAUUUGCUUUUAUAGAAGAGGUAUGGGCUGGUAUGGGGACAACUGUCAUUCAUAAACCUGUCAAUAAAGCAGCUGAUGUGAAUUCCCA